AUGGCCUUCAAGAUGUCUAGUGAUAGAAUGAGAAAUAUCAGCAGUAGCAAGAACAUGGGAGGAGGUGGAGGAGGUGUCAGUAACAGUAGUAACUCGGUUACAGACGUGGAGGGGUUUGCCGAUGGGUCGACUUCAUCAUCCUCCUCGUCAUCUCCCUCACCAUCAGCACCAUCUACACCGCAUCCAGAGUACAACGAGUCAUCACACAUGCCUGAUGACACUGGCAGUGUAUUACUGGAAGAUAUGGACGAUGUCAACUCUUCCAACUUCUCUCCAAACAUGCAAUCCGAUGGUGACAAUCCCCAGUAUAUGAUAUCAUCCAAACAAGAGAAACGCCACACUGCUGAUCGAAAGUAUAUAUUCAUUGGAAACAUACCUCAUAAUGUCACAACAGAACAAUUCUAUCCAAUAAUUGCCAAGUACAAUCCUUUCAGCUUCAGGAUCAAGGUCAAUGAACUUGGACAAUCACUUGGAUAUGCCUUUGCCGGCUUCAGGACUGAAGAGGAAGCAUUAUACGCCAAGACAUCACUUCAUCUUUCAAAGUGCCUACACAAUGAGCUCAAGGUAUAUUGGGCAAUACCAAUAUCAACUUUGUAUGUGACCAAUGUUGAUACUAAGUUGGACCAACAAGAGUUCUUGGAGACAUUCAGUACCUUUGGCGCACUGGACUACAAAGAGUGUGUAUUUAUAAACAACUAUGCAUUCAUAAAGUUCCAAUUCAGGGCUGAUGCCGAGAGUGCCCUGAGCAACUUGAACGGCACCUACAUUGGUGACCGGCCAGUCAAGAUCAAAUGGAGCGACUCCUGUGACCAACGAUCAAGCAUACAUAUAACAUUCAAUCCACAAGAUGCCAAACCUGGACUUCACAAACUGAUAUUCUCCAAGUGUAAGGAGUUUGGAAAGAUCAAUCACUAUAAUAUACCAAAGACGCCAAUGGGUGACUACCAGGGUUAUGGCUUUGUCCACUUCAAAGACUCUCAAAAGGGUGAGGUGGCCACUGAGCAGGCACUAAAGUACUUUAGUGAGAACCUGUUGAAUGGUGUCAAGAUCAACUGUUCAUUCUCCAAGAAGAAAGUGGCAGCCUCCACAAGGAAGCAAACCAAGUCACUUAACAAACACUACAAGGGUGGAGUGUCUCCAGGUGGCGGUGGUGGCGGUGGCGGUGGAUCGAUGAUCAGCAACAACAACAAUAUUGCCAAUACAGCUGCCAUGUAUAAAGGUGGCCCAAUUGGAUCAUCCAAGAAGUCAUCGUCAUCAUGGGACAUUGAGACAUUGUCAAACUUCAUCAUGCAUCAAGGACAUGGCAGCAAUCAAUAUGUCGCACAUUCUGGACAAGGACACUCAAUGUCUGGCAACACCAGCACUGGUCAAUCACAACCAAUGUCACACCCACAACAUCCACACCAACAACAACAAUAUAAAUAUAGCAACACUGGAAACAAACAAUCCAAGAAGUUCCAUCAAUCACAUCAGCAUCACAAUUCACAACAACAACAACAACAUCAUCAACAAGCAUUGGAACAACAACUACAAUCAUUGAUGAUCUCACAACAACACCAUCAUCACACCUCCCAAGGUCAGUCCGAUACUUGGAGAGGACAACAACAACACUCCAACCUUAAUCAAGCCCAACAACAACAACUACAACCACAACAUCACGUGAACAAACAAAGUGGCCAUAUAUUCAGCGCACUUCAAAUGUCCUCAAUCCCCAACACAAGCGCCACUCACACAAAUAGCAACAUCAACAACAGUAGCAGUAACAGCAGCAACAAUACACCAGGGUACCGAACCGUCACUCCUCCUCCUCUUCCCCUCUCCUCGACAUCGUCCACACCAUCCAACUCGCUGGCAUCCUCCUCCAACUCCACUGUAAAUCAAUCCUCGUUCACAUCGGAUGUGUCUCCGCUUGGCGCUUUGUACAGCCCGCCCGCCAGCUCCCUCGCAUCCACCCCCCGCUCACUAACCGGCAGUGGCAGCAGCAGCAGCUACAGCAUGUUGCCCAUGCCGCUGUCUCCCCCGCUGGAGCCACAUUGGACGACGACGUCAUCCAGUUACUUCCUAAAUUCACAGUCACAAUCGUCGCCGCCGCUGCCACUACCACUGCAGCAUUCACAUGCCGGCCUCCUCCCACCCGUUGAGUAUCCAUCAUCCUCAUCCUCAUCCUCCACUGUACUUGGCCAGCUUCACAACAACAACCAGCAACAGCAACAGCAUCGCCAGUUCCAAUCUUCUGGCAUCAUUGGACAGUCAUCGCCAUCUUGGACGUCGACAUCUGGCCUCAACAAGUCAUUGCCUUCUUCAUUCAUGUUGGAUGAUGAUACAUACCAGCUCACUCCUUCGCAACAACAGCAACACCAUCAUCAUCACCAGUUGCAACAACAUGUACUUCACAAUCACACAUUCGACUUUCCACCUCCUCCACCUGUCUGGAGGAGUGGCGCCACUGACAACACUCAGUUCCAUCGAUCAUCUUCCUCCUCCUCCUCCUCCUCCAAGCCACUUGGACACUCACUGGAUACAAUGAGGUCGGCAAGCAUUCCACUUGAAAGCAGCCGACAACAGAUACAGUCAUCGUCAUCAACAUCAAACAAUGCAUCCAAUUCAAACUUUAUCAACAACCUAUUGCUACAACAGUAUUUCCAGAAUGCUGCAGCAUCCCAACAACAACAACAACAGAAUGAUCAACAACAAGGUGGUGGCGGUGGAGGCCAACAACAUCGACAGUUCAAUUAA